GAAGAAAAAUUAGAAGAAAAAAAUUGCAAUCGUUUCGUUUUGCUAGACGGUGUAACUUAUGACAAAAAUUUUUUGCAAAAAAUAUUCUCGGCAAUUUAAAUUUAUUGUGUUGGAAAACUUCAAAGAAAAAACCAAGAAUAUUGUGUACAAUAAACUGCGAUUAUAAUCUGCAAGUGGAAAAAUGUCAAAAAUAUAUUAAUGGUUCUAAUUUGCAAGACAGCCAUCCAGUCAGCGUACGGCAAAUGAUGUAUGCGGCCAGUGUAUGUGAGUGUUUUAUGGAUUUUUGGAUUUGCCCUUUGCUUGUGGAAUAUGUAAAAACGCUUGCUUAGGAACGCUUUGUUGUUCCUAAGGCACUUCCCCGGAGCAUAAAAGAGAAAGGAAUUUCACCGAGGAAAUAAAAUUCUUGGGAUAAACAAUAGACGGAAAAGAAAUCUCCUUUUUUCUUGAGAGUAAAGGAUUCGCAUUUUAAGUAAGCUAAUAGUAGAGGAAUAUAUAUAGAUCCCCCCCCAUCGAAAGCAAAGGAAGGGCAACGGAGGAGGCUGGAAACAAAGAAAGGACUUGCGUUGCGUCGUUAGUUUUUCGUUGAAGAAAAAUUUAACGACCAGUUGCCUGCUAUAAUUAUUAUAUUCAUCAUCACCACCAGCAUCAUCAUUACCACCAUCAUCAUCACAGACCAUCAGCAUGAAGUUUGAACCACGUCGGGUCCGUGCUCAGUCAUCAGCCUCGGGUAGUGGCAGUAGCGGCAAUGAAAAUUCGUCAACUACAAGCACUUCCUCAAAUAACACUUCAUCAUCGUCCACAUUGGUGGGUGGCGGCAGCAGCAGCGGAGGCGGCGGUGGUGGAGGCAGCAUUGGUGGUGGCGAAUCAUCAUCUUCGUUGUCGUCGGCCAACUUAAGCAACACAACUACGCCUAAUCCUGCAGAGCCAAAUAUUUCUUCGGUUGCCCCUAAUACCACCGCCAUCAGCACUAGCACCAACGCAACUUUAAACACCAAUAACUCUAUAGAUCCCCAAACAGAGACUCCUGGCGCCUCAGUGUCGGACACAGUAUCGCCGGAGAAACUGAUAUCAUCGUUUCCCACCAAGUCGCUAACAUCGUUAAUACAGAAAAUAUCCAGUCCACGAUGGGUUGUACCCGUAUUGCCAGACCAAGAGUUGGAAGUAUUAUUGAAUGCUGCCAUACAGCUUACAGCUGCUGGAGUGGAUCAUGAUUGUGAGCCAUGCGUUGAAUUUUACCGCGGCGCAUUGACCACAUCAUUCACGAAAAUUCUCACAGAUGAGGCUGUUAAUUCCUGGAAGUAUACCAUACAUCAUUGUAUUUUGAUCUCUUGUGGCAAACUUUUACAUUUGAUUGCCAUCCAUAUGACACGUGAUAAUCCAUAUCUGUUGGACUUGUUGGCGCUAGUCUUUGAUCCUGAUAACAAAUACAAUACAUUCAAUGCCGCCCGGCAGCCGGAAUGCUAUUCACCACCCGACCACCUGUGGGGUGUAUUGGAUGGUAAUAAAAUGUUUGCAAAAUCACCACCAGAGCCGAAAAAUCCCCGCGGCUGGCUGGUAGAUUUGAUUAAUCGCUUUGGCCAGCUCAAGGGUUUCGAUAAUCUACAGGAACGUUUCAAUCGUGGCCUAUUGCUGUUGCGCAAACAACAAGAACAGCAAGCUGCCGCAGUGGCCUCGGGUUGUGCCAAAGCUACCGGUUCGAGGGCCAUGCUACAGCCGGAUCCAGAACAGGAGAACAAAUUGACGUUGGCCUUAAUCUAUAGCCUAUUGCGACCAUUUGGCCAGUGCUAUGAACUCUUGACACCAGAAACAAUUUCCAAAUAUUUUAUGCCAAUUUGGAAUGUGGUGCUGGAUUUACUCGACAGCUUUUCGGAUGAAGAAUUGAAGCGUGAAGCCAAGCCGGAGGGACGCAACGACUACAUCAAUGGUAUAGUGAAAUCGGCGCGUUAUUUGGCCAGCCGCUUGGCAGGGCAAGAAGAGCUCAUACGAAAUUUGGAAAUGUUUAGGCUGAAAAUGAUUUUGAGGCUUUUGCAAGUGUCCAGUUUUAAUGGCAAAAUGAAUGCCUUGAACGAGAUCAAUAAGGUGUUGACUUCAGUGUCAUAUUAUUCGCAUAGAACACCACAGCUGCCACAUUGUAUGUCCGAUGACGAUUUGGACUGGUUGACGGCGGAAAGAAUGGCGGCCUGGAUCAAGGAAUCAGAUGUCUUGGGUAUAGUCCUCAAAGAUUCUUUGCACCAGCCUCAGUAUGUCGAGAAAUUGGAGAAGAUAAUACGAUUUUUAAUCAAAGAGAAUGCCUUGACUUUGGAAGACUUGGACGCUGUGUGGAAGGCCCAGGCUGGCAAGCAUGAAGCUAUCGUUAAGAAUGUGCAUGAUCUAUUGGCCAAAUUAGCUUGGGAUUUCACGCCAGAACAGUUGGAUCAUUUGUUUGAAUCAUUCCAGGCCAGUAUGACUACUGCUAAUAAACGCCAAAGGGAGAGACUAUUAGAAUUGAUACGACGUUUGGCUGAAGAUGAUAAAAAUGGUGUGAUGGCCCAGAAGGUAUUGAAACUCUUCUGGACGUUGGCUCAUAGCCAGGAAAUACCCCCAGAAGUCUUGGAUCAGGCCUUGGCUGCGCAUGUGAAAAUCUUGGACUACAGCUGUUCUCAGGAACGCGAUGCACAAAAAAUAGUUUGGUUAGAAAAAUGUGUGGCAGAACUGAAGAUUGGUGAGGCGUGGGUGUUGCCAGCCCUGCGUUUAAUUAGAGAAAUCUGUUGUCUCUACGAAUCGUCUCCCAGCCAUGCUCCCCGCUCACAGCAAUCUCUUAAUCGCCAACAAGUCAUUGAAAGGCUGCAGAAUGACUACUCCUUGGUGAUAUUGGUGACAAAUAGUCUGACCUCCUACAUGGAUAAGAUAAGAGCCAUGAUUGUGGAUAUGCCCAAUGUGGACCAUGCGGCACUGUGCAUUGAUGGUCGUUUUCCACACAACAUGCAAAUUUCAGAACGUUUGGACUUUCUUAAAUUCCUCCUAAAAGAUGGCCAACUCUGGCUGUGCGCCGACCAAGCCAAACAAAUUUGGCAUUGCUUGGCCGUCAAUGCUGUAUUUCCUUCAGAUCGCGAAGAAUGUUUCCGCUGGUUCGGCAAACUGAUGGGUGAGGAGCCGGAUCUGGAUCCCGGCAUCAACAAGGACUUCUUCGAAAACAACAUACUGCAAUUGGAUCCUCAUCUGCUGACGGAGUCGGGUAUUAAAUGUUUCGAAAGAUUUUUCAAAGCUGUUAAUUCCAAAGAAGACAAACUGAAGGCCAUACAUCGAGGCUAUAUACUCGACAAUGAGGAUUUGAUAGGCAAAGACUAUUUGUGGCGAGUCAUAACGACGGGUGGUGAAGAGAUUGCCAAUAAAGCAAUAGAUUUGCUCAAGGAGGUGUCCACGGCUUUGGGGCCACGCCUGCAGGAGAAUAUUUGUGAUUUCCAUGAAAUGUUUAUUGGCGAAUGCUGUGAACGUUUGCGAGCCCACUAUACGAACAUUAUGAUAAUAGGCAAAUCGUUGGGUAGCAACAAUGUGGCUCCCAUGGUGCCUGACGACAAUAACCAGGCCGAUCAAAACGAUUCGAAAGAUUCUAAAAUGCGCAUUAUUGAGGCCGAAAAAAUGUGCCGCAUUCUUAAGGUCCUACAAGAAUACAUCAAGGAAUGCGAUCGCUCAUUCAAUGGCGAUCGCACCCUACUGCCUCUGGUGCGUGCCACACGCGGUAAAUAUACUAGUCUUUAUAUACGAUUUCAAAAUCCCGGUAGACCCAUUGACGACAUUGAGAUAACAACGCAUAAUAAUGAAAUGGUUUCAUCAUUCAAACGGAAUUUGCUGAAAGGCAUUAAGGGUUCAUCGACGGCGAACAUUAAGGUGGACCUCCAUUACAACAAUGGGGAAUUGAUAGAGAUUGGUGAUGAAAUAAAUCCCUUGGUGCAUUAUUCGAUUAGGGAUAAAAUGAUUCUUACAGCAAAGCUGACACCAAUAGGUGCUGGGCUGGCUAGCAGUCCCGAUACCUCCAGUGACUCAAGCACUGGUUCUCCCCCCAGACCUUGUCCGGAUAUGUCGCGUGUAGAAUCGGAAAGCACCUUGCCUGGAGUGAUUAUUUCCCAGAAUUAUCAAUACACCGAAUUUUUUCUUAAACUCUAUCAGCUGGGUAGCGAUUUGGAGCAUGGCCGUCUGCGUGAAAGUGCUAAAAUACUGUUGCACCUAUUACCAUGUGACCGCCAGACUGUUAAAAUGCUACAAGUCAUGUGUGGCAUGACAGAGGCAACGGGUCCAGCAAGCGGCAGUUGUUCUGCUCCCCCACUAUUGGCGGGUGAUCUUGUAAAUGUUGCGGCAAAAGAUGAGGAGGCCAGUACUAAUGUCAGCGGCAGUGGUGUCAGCGGCGGUGGUAAUGGUCCGCCCAGCAAUGAAGGUGGCCAACAAGGCAGUCCAGCCAACGAACAGAUUAACCUUCAAGAUUGUACACCGGAAAUGCUGUUCUUACAUCCCACCCCAGCCCAAGUUCACUAUAACCUAUGUGUGCUUAACAGCCUCUUGAUUCCUGCUUUGGACCCUUUUGGUGAAAAUGCUUUAUUAAUACAAUCAUCAUGGUUACAUUCAGGUUGUGCCCAUUUUAUUUUGGAACUAUUGACCAAAAACAAUUUCUUACCCAAUGCUGACAUGCACACCAAGCGUGCAUCAUUCCAGUGUGUGCUGAGACUAGCCAAACUUUUCCUAUACAUUGUCGGCUGUGUACUAUCGCGCGUCGGCGAUGAGCCAACGCUGUGCGAAUACGAUGUUGGUUCGCGUUCACAGGUGGAAAUUCUGAAACAAAUACUAACCUCAAUACCAAAUACCUCAGAGAUUACUUUAAGGGCCAUCUCACAGAAAUUGGCUGAAAAUUUAGCUAGUGAAAUGCUAUCGGCUAGUCCUGAGGGCGAACGGUGUCGCGUAUUGUUCGCAUCCACGUUGCAGUGGUCAUGUCCCGAUAUAUCGACCAUUAAAGCCGUUGUUCAGUUGGCCUGGGCAUCGUCGUGCGGCAAUCUUCAAGCUUUGGGUACGAAAAAUGAUUUUGCCGACGACACCUCAAUGCCGGAUAAUCAGGAUUUUAUGGUGUGCAAAGAGGCUUUAGAGGUGCUAACAAUUUCAUUGGUUUUGAAUCCCAGUGCCAAUGAAGCUCUUAACGCCGAUGCGUUAUGGUCAAAGUUCAUUACUUCGCUGAUUUUGAAAAAUCAGUACCGGCAUGUGCGUCAGGUAGCAGCCGAGCAACUGUUUCUUACCUGCACCUACUGUGCCGGAGACAGACGUCCUUUUGCCUACAUGGUUAAUUUGCUGGUGAGCUCGCUGAAGACCUUGGUGCCUCAACAUGAGGCCACCUGUGCUGAUUUCUUCCAAUUGCUAUGUCGCACCCUGUCCUACGGCUGUUUGGUGAACUGGCCACUGAAUGUGGGAGAAGGUUUGUUGGCCGAAGAAAUCAAAUGGCUGCAGAAAAUAAGAGAAAGUGUCACUAACACUGGCGACAUACAAGUGCAUGAGGACUUGCUCGAGGGCCAUUUGUGCUUGGCCAAGGAAUUGAUGGUUUUCUUGUUGCCCGAAACCAAAGCUCAACUAAAUGAUCUAAUACAUGAGCUAAUAGACGCAUUCUUGUUCACCGCCUCCAGAGAGUAUUUGCAUUUACGUAAAACUGGUAAAUUAAAAACCGAAACUGCCCCGCCUCCGGUGUGUCGUAGUCCACACACCAUAGCAGCUGCCUGUGAAUUAUUGAUAGCAUUAUGCCAGAAUUGCGUUCCUAAUAUGAAGCUAUUAACAAAUACUCUAAUCGAUUUUGUGUGUACAGAUACAGACCCAUUGCGUGAAUGGGACUACUUGCCACCUGUGGGUGCGAGACCAACCAAAGGCUUUUGUGGUUUGAAGAAUGCUGGUGCCACCUGCUACAUGAAUUCGGUAUUACAACAGCUUUAUAUGGUACCCUCAAUACGUGUGGGUAUUUUAAAGGCCGAUGGAGCUGCUACAAAUGAGAACGAAGAUUUUAGUGGCGAACCCGAAUCGAAUGCCUUGGGCGGCGGUUCAUCACUUUUCAAUUCCAAUGAUGACAGCAAUGAUGUGCGUAAAAACUAUCAUGUUGUCAUACUGAAACAUGUACAGGCCAUUUUUGCCCAUUUGGGACAUAGUUCAUUACAGUUCUAUGUGCCCCGUGGUUUGUGGACACAUUUCAAACUUCAAGGAGAACCAGUGAAUUUACGCGAACAACAAGAUGCAGUGGAAUUUUUCAUGUCUCUUUUCGAAAGUCUAGAUGAGGGCCUCAAAGCUUUGGGCCAGACGCAACUAAUGAACGCUACACUGGGUGGAUCGUUCAGUGAUCAGAAAAUCUGCCAAGAAUGUCCCCAUCGUUAUUCCAAAGAGGAACCAUUCAGUGUUUUUAGUGUUGACAUACGAAAUCAUAGUUCGUUGACAGAAUCUCUAGAACAGUACGUUAAAGGUGAACUCUUGGAGGGCGCUGAUGCAUACCAUUGUGAUAAAUGUGAUAAGAAAGUAGUUACAAUUAAGCGGCUAUGUGUAAAGAAAUUACCGCCUGUAUUAGCCAUACAAUUAAAACGUUUUGAAUACGAUUACGAACGUGUUUGUGCGAUUAAAUUCAAUGAUUAUUUUGAAUUCCCAAGACUUUUAGAUAUGGAGCCCUAUACAGUAUCUGGCUUAGCCAAACUUGAGGGUGAAGUAAUCGAAGUUGGUGACAAUUGUCAAUCGAAUGAUGAGUGUACCAAAUACGAGUUGACUGGCAUUGUUGUACAUAGUGGUCAGGCCUCAGGCGGUCAUUAUUUCAGCUACAUUCUAUCAAAGAAUCCCUCCACUGGCAAAGAACAAUGGUAUAAAUUCGAUGAUGGUGAGGUUACUGAAUGUAAAAUGAACGAAGAUGAAGAAAUGAAAGCCCAAUGUUUCGGUGGCGAUUAUAUGGGUGAAAUAUACGAUAGCAAUCUUAAACGUAUGCAAUAUCGUCGCCAAAAACGUUGGUGGAACGCUUAUAUGCUAUUUUAUACACGCUGUGAUCAAAAACCCAUACAAUUUGAACCAAGUGUAGAGCAACUUUCAUUAGCAGAGAGUCGUAAUUUUGUAUUGCCAUUGCCAAAACCCAUUGAGCGGAGUGUAAGAAAUCAAAAUAUACGUUUUCUACAUUCGAGGAGUAUAUUUUCUGUAGAAUUUUUUAAUUUUAUCAAAAAAUUGGUUAGUUGCAGUAUUCAUUUGAUAAGAGCUGAUAAAAUGACCCCUGCCAUUGAAGAGCUAUCUCUAUUGGGUGUCCAGUUGGCCUCACAAUUUCUAUUUCAUACAGGUUUUCGUACCAAGAAAACAUUACGUGGACCAGUUAUUGAAUGGUAUGAUACACUGUCACAUCAUAUACGUUUCUCAUCGGCCGUUCGUAAAUGGUUUGCCAGCAAUGCAUUGCUUAGUCCACCAACACGUUUGGGCGAAUACAUUUUGAUAGCCCCAUCACCGGAAGUUCGUACUGUUAUUGUUAAAUUAGUUGUAUUCUUUUGUCAUUUUGCCAUCAAUGAUGAGCCGCUGGCUGGCUAUGAGGGCAAUAAUUUAUGUGAACAAAUUCUCAUAAGUGUUCUUAAGUUAUUAAAAUGUGAAGUAGCAGAUCAUGGUAAACAUUUGCCGCAUUAUUUUAGUUUAUUUAGCAUGUAUGUUGGUUUAGGCAUACAUGAGAAGCAACAACUUUUAAAGUUAAAUGUUCCCGUUAUAUUUAUGCAAGUGGCUUUGGAUGAGGGACCAGGUCCUUCUAUAAAAUAUCAAUACCCCGAAUUAAGCAAAUUACAUCAAGUUGUAUCCCAAUUAAUACGCUGCAGUGAUAUUGCCGAUAGAUGUCAAUCGUCUAAUCCCAAUGCUAGACCCCUACCGAAUCCUUAUAAAGAUACCAGUAUAAGCUAUGAAGAUUUAAUGCCUUUAUCACCAGAAUGUGUUGAUAUACUAUUCAAUAGAACGGGUUACAUUAAGAAAUUAAUCGAAGAUACCAAUGUCGGCGAAGAGGGCCUAAAACUUUUACAGUAUUGCAGUUGGGAAAAUCCACAUUUCUCUCGUGCCGUUCUCACUGAACUCUUGUGGCAAUGUGGCUUCGCUUAUUGCCAUGAUAUGCGUCAUCACACCGAAUUGCUACUUCAUAUUCUACUUAUUGAAGACUCGUGGCAACAUCAUCGCAUACACAAUGCUUUAAAUGGUGUCGCCGAAGAACGUGAAGGUCUGCUCGAGACAAUACAAAGAUCCAAGACCCACUAUCAAAAGCGAGCCUAUCAAAUAAUAAAAUGUCUUACCCAAUUAUUCCAUAAAUCACCGGUGGCUUUGCAAAUGUUAAAUUCUAAUCCUUCUGUGGGUAAACAUUGGAAUAUUGCCGUGGAAUGGCUGCAGGACGAAUUGGAUCGUCAGCGUGGCAUAGGCUGCCAGUAUAAUACGUAUUCAUGGUCACCACCUGCACAAAGCAAUGACAACACAAAUAGCUAUAUGUUGGAGAGAUCGCAUUCGGCAAAGAACACCUGGUCGAUGGCAUAUGAACUGUGUCCAGAAGAGGAGCAGGAAGAGACCAAUGAAUCAGACGCUGAAACCAAUGAGGAAACCCAAAGACAACAACAGCAGCAGCAGCAACAGACGACAUCAACAACAACCACAACAUCAAAGCCUACAGAUGAACAACAGAAGGAGCCUGAACUUAAUGUUAUAGCGGAUUUAAUACGCAAAAAUAUGCCAUCCGAAGAAGAGUCACAGCAACAACAACAGCAGCAAAAACAAUCGAAUGAUUCAUUUUCUACAAAUUCACGUUAUAACAAAGUUGUUAUUGGCCUAGCGCCAGGCUCAUCCGUUGACUGGAUAGGAGGCAACACAUUUGGCGGAGGCAGUGGUGAAACACAAACAACCCUUAAAUCUAAUAUAGAUAGUAAAACAAUGUCGACGACAACAACGGGGUCGCCAUCCUCCUCAACGGUGGCCAUGACUGAAACACAAACAGAAUCAUCGUCAAAUAUAAAUGGCUUAAGCAGUAAUUUAAAACAAAUGUCUCUGUCACCAAAAACGUCCGGCAGCGGCGACACUAGUAGUUUUUGGACAACCACAGUGGAUACGAAUACCACUACCACGGUGACUACAGCAACAACAAAUGUGAAAAAGGACAAUCCUUUUCCAACUCAUAUUUUAAAUGUAUUAAAUAAUCCCGCAAUGCGAAAUUUAGGAACGAUGACGACAACAGUGGGAGUAAAUGCUGCUGAUGAACAGCAACAACAACAACAAUCUGUAAAUACAAUAACAAAUGACCAACAACCGCAAACACAAGAACAAAAACAGCAUAAUAUUGUAAACAAUGAACCGCAACAGCAGCAGCAACAACCACAAGAACUUAAUACAACAACAAACACGUAGAUGAAGUUUAAAAAUAUUGAAAUAUUAUUUAAAUUAUAUACAAAAAGAAAGAGCAAACGAAAGAAAAGCAAAACAUUUUUAAAAAAUAAUAUUAAUAAUUAUAAUUACAAUAAUACAAAAACAAAUAAUAAUAAUAAACAUAAAACCACAACAACCAAUCCACAUUUGAAACACAACAAAACAAAAAGAAAACAAUGUUCUUUUUUCAUACUAAAGAAUUAAUUAUUAAAUAUUAUUAAAUAAUAAUUACUAUUAAUUUAAUAUAUAUACAUAUAAAAAAACAAAAAAAACUACAAACAAAGAAAACAACAACAAGCCCCCUUAUUCCCCCCCCCCCCCCCCCUGUCCUACCUAUAGUCCUACCAAACAUAAUAACCCUUGGAAAAAGUCCCCCGCCCCCCAAAUUCCCCACUUCAGAAGCAACAAACUUAAAAGAAACAAAAAACAAAAAAUAAAACAAAUAUUCUUAAACAAAAAUCAAAAGAAAUUUAUAUUAAAAUUAUUUUAUUAUAAUUUUUUUUUUUUUUUAAUAUUUAAACAAGUGGUUUAGCUAUGAGAGAACAUUAAGUGAAUUUAUUUUUUUUAGUUGUUUUUGUUUUUCGUUUUUUUUUUUUUCAAUUUCAAUUUCCCAGAGUCUGAUAAAGAUUUUUAAUUGCUUUUAGGUCUAACAAAGAGAAGCGCAUUGGUAAUGCGCAUAUUUUUAUUUUUAAAUGUCUCGUAAUAAAAUAUUUGUAAGCAA